AUGUUAGCUGAACGACUAGUUUAUGAACGAAGCGCCUCAGUUGACUAUGAAAAAAUGAUGAUUACAGAAUUUCAAAAAGAAUGUGGACACAUGUAUACAUUAAAAUUAAAUAAAAUGAUUGAAAAUUUUUGUUUGAAAGAAAACUUGAUGAAAAAAUAUCAAGAACACUGCGAAAAUCAGCAAUCACUAUUCAAUUUUUCAUGUAUGGUACUUGCUACAAACUUAUGGCCUUUUUCUGUUAUAUCCGACUUCAAUCUACCAUUUGAACUUGCGUCUUCGAUUGAUAAUUUCAUUCAAUUCUACUGUCAUCAACAUAACAAACAAAAACUUACAUGGCUUUAUCAAUAUUCAAGAGGUGAACUACAUGCCUAUUUUACUAAAUCGACAUAUGUACUGCAAGUAUCAGCUUAUGAAAUGGUCAUUCUACUUUUAUAUAAUAAUUCAUUAGAAUGGACAAUUGAGCAAAUCUACAAAAAGACACAUAUUAAGACUGAUAUUUUGAUGGAAAUUUUGUAUAUUCUUAUUAAAAGUGAUCUAUUAACAUGUUUGCAAAUUAGAAAAGAAGAUUUAAAGGAGAAAAAUCUCCAAAUGGGACAUAUGAUUCGAUUAAAUGAUAAUUUUACAAGCUUUGAUUCAAUUCUCACUUCAUUUCGACAACCAUUUUGGUUAAGCGAAAAACGUUGGCUAGUAACUUGUGAUUAUAUUAUGGAAUUGAAAACAAUCGCUCUCUAUACAAUACCAAUGCGUACAGAUGACAAAGAAAAAAUAAUAAGAUAUAAAGCAUCAUCAACGAAUACUGGAUGUUUUCUAACAAGAAUCUGGAAAAAUACGAUUGAUUUCGUUGAAGAUGAGACAAUCACGACACUCAAACUUUCAGUGUGUCCAGCUGGAACUGUUAGUAAUCGACGAGAAAGAUUUUACAAUUUCUAUGAACGGCCACUACCAGCUGAACGUUUUCGAUUGGAUCAGAAGAUUGGACCACAACAUCUAGCAGAUGCAUUUAAAAAUUGCUCGACGAAUUUUUGUGGAACUACAUUUACUGUGAUUUGUGAUACAUGGAUAACAGAAAUUGAACUCUCAUCAAAUCAUAUUAGAAAUGAUGGGAUGAAAUAUCUGGCAAGUGCAUUGAAAAACAACAAGACUCUCAAGGCACUCUAUCUUCAAUGGAAUUUUAUUGGAGAUCUUGGAGUACAGUAUCUAGCAGAUACAUUACAAGUCAAUACGACAAUCACAACACUUCAUCUUGCAUGGAAUAUAAUUACAAAUGUUGGAGUAAGAUACUUAGCUGAUGCUUUAAAAUGCAACACAACAUUAACAACAUUGAAUCUUGUAUCGAAUAACAUUUUUGAUGAUGGAAUAAAAGAUUUAGCAGACGCACUAAUCAUAAAUACAACGCUCACAACACUUCAUCUUGGAUCGAAUGUAGUCGGAAAUGCUGGCGCACAGUACUUCGCUAAUGCAUUAAGACAUAACAAGACACUUACAUCACUUCAUCUCGGAUCAAAUAAAGUUGAAGAUGAAGGAGCAAAGCAUCUAGCAGAUGCAUUAGAAAGCAAUAUAACACUUACGAUGCUCUAUAUAAAUUUUAAUAAAAUCGGAGAGCAUUGGAUGAAACAUAUUGCUUCUGCAGUAGAAAAAAAUAAAGUCAGAGAAACAGUCAUUUCAUCAGGUUAA